UGAGGCGACCAGGCAGCCGAGUGUGGAAAGUCUGACUGGGAAUCUGACUCCGAGCUCAUCAGCGGCCAUAACUAUGGCUGAACGCCGCGCCUUCGCCCAGAAAAUUAGCAGGACCGUGGCAGCAGAGGUGCGGAAGCAGAUCGCCGGCCAGUAUGUGGGCUCCCCGCAACUGCUCAAGAACCUCAACGUGGGCGUGGCCGCCAGCAACACCGUUCCUCUCACAGAGGCGGUGGAGCCAGUGGACUUUGAGGAGUACCUCCUCACCCACCCCCCCAUCAUCGAGUCAGGCCCCCUGCACGACCUGAUCGAGUUCCCCCUCGACGACAUUGAGGUUCUCUACACCCCCAGGGAGUGUCGCACCGUGGGUCAGCCUGUUCCUGAGGAGGGAGACACCGAUGCUCAUGUCAGAGACUGUGUCAGGUCCUACACUGAGGACUGGGCCAUCGUCAACAGAAAGUACCACAAGCUGGGCACUGGCUUCAACCCCAACGCCUUGGACAAGCAGAAGGAGAGGCAGAAAGGGCUUCCUAAGCAGGUGUUUGAGGCGGAUGAGAUGCCAGACAGUAGUGCCUACCAGGACGACCAGGAUGACCUGAAGAGGAGAUCCAUGUCCAUCGAUGACACCCCGCGGGGCAGCUGGGCGUGCAGCAUCUUCGACCUGAAGAACUCUCUACCAGACGGCCUCCUGCCCCAUCUCCUCGACCGCUCCCCCAACGAGGAGAUCGACCGCCACAACGAGGAGCAGCGCAAAGCCCAGCGCCACCGCGAGCUGUUUGCUCUGCACCCGGCCCUGGACGAGGAUGAACCGAUUGAACGCCACUGUGUUCCCGACGUCCCAAAAGAACACUUUGGCCAGAGGCUACUCGUCAAGUGCUUGUCUUUGAAGUUUGAGAUUGAAAUCGAGCCCAUCUUUGCCAGUCUGGCCAUGUACGAUGUCAAGGAAAAGAAAAAGAUCUCAGAGAACUUCUUCUUCGACCUGAACUCUGAGCAGACCAAGUCCAUGCUGCGUCCCCACGUCCAGACGGCCGCCAUCUCCACCCUGGCGCGCUCCGCCAUCUUCUCCAUCACCUACCCGUCGCAGGACGUGUUCCUCGUCAUCCAGCUGGAGAAGGUGCUACAGCAGGGGGACAUCGGAGAGUGUGCAGAGCCCUACAUGGUCUUCAAGGAGUCGGACGCAGCCAAGAACAAGGAGAAGCUGGAGAAGCUGCGGGGACAGUCGGAGCAGUUCUGCCAGCGUCUGGGGAAAUACCGCAUGCCUUUCGCCUGGACCGCCAUCCACCUGAUGAACAUCGUCAACAGUGCCGGCAGCCUGGAGAGAGACACGGAGCUGGAUGUGGGGCUCUCAGAGAGGAAGGGCUCGUGGUCGGAGAGGAGGAACUCGAGCAUUGUGGGCCGGCGCUCCCUGGAGAGGACGGCCAGCGGAGACGAGUCGUGCAGCCUAACCAGCUUCAGACCCGCCACUCUCACCGUCACCAACUUCUUCAAGCAGGAGGGAGACAGGCUGAGCGAUGAGGACCUGUACAAGUUCCUGGCUGACAUGAGGAGACCGUCGUCCGUUCUGAGGAGACUGAGGCCCAUCACAGCCCAGCUGAAGAUCGACAUCUCCCCAGCUCCAGAGAACCCUCACUACUGCCUGACCCCUGACCUGCAGCAGGUGAAGCCGUACCCAGACAGCAGGGUGCGCCCCACCAGGGAGAUCCUGGAGUUCCCAGCCAGAGACGUCUACGUGCCCAACACCACCUACAGGAACCUGUUGUACGUGAACCCUCAGAGUUUGAACUUUGCCAACCGUCAAGGCUCCGCCCGAAAUAUCACGGUGAAAGUCCAGUUCAUGAAUGGAGAAGACCCCAGUAACGCACUGCCGGUGAUAUUUGGCAAGUCCAGCUGUGCAGACUACACCAAGGAGGCCUACACUUCUGUGGUGUACCACAACAGAUCCCCCGAUUUCCACGACGAGAUCAAGAUCAAGCUGCCGGCCUCGCUGAGCGACCACCACCAUAUCCUGUUCACCUUCUACCAUGUCAGCUGUCAGCAGAAGCAGAACACACCCCUGGAGACCCCAGUGGGCUACACGUGGAUCCCCAUGCUGCAGAACGGUCGCCUGCGUACCGGACACUUCUGCCUGCCUGUGUCCCUGGAGAAACCUCCCCAGUCCUACUCUGUGCUCUCUCCAGACGUUCCUCUCCCCGGGAUGAAGUGGGUGGACAACCACCGGGGGGUGUUCAACGUGGACGUGGUCACCGUGUCGACCGUGCACACUCAGGACCAGUACCUGGACAGGUUCUUUGCUCUGGUCCACGCCCUGGAUGAACACAUGUUCCCUGUGCGCAUCGGCGACAUGCGCAUCAUGGAGAACAACCUGGAGGCGGAGCUGAAGUCCAGCAUCUCGGCGCUCAGCUCCGCCCAGCUGGAGCCGACGGUUCGCUUCCUCCACCUGCUGCUCGACAUGCUGGUGGUGCUGGUGGUGCGGCCUCCCCUCAUCGCAGGACAGAUAGUGAACCUGGGCCAGGCAUCGUUUGAGGUCAUGGCCUCCAUCGUGAACCGUCUCCACAAGUACCUGGACACGAGCCAGGACCUGCACGGCCGGAACAGCCUCCUGUCCUCCUACAUCUACUACGUGUUCCGCCUGCCCAGCACCGACCCCAACGCCCCCUCCCCCGGGCCGGGGGGUCUGGGAGGGUCGGUCCACUACGCCACCAUGGCCCGCUCCGCUGUGCGGCCCGCCAGCCUUAACCUCAACCGCUCCCGGAGCCUUAGCAACAGUAACCCUGACAUCUCAGGAACGCCCACGUCCCCCGACGACGAGGUCCGCGCCAUCAUCGGGAGUAAGGCCACGGAUCGCUGUGGCAACCGCAUGUCUUCGCACACCGAGAGCGCCAGUUUCUUGCAAACUUUAACAGGACGGUCCCCCACCAAAAAGCUGUUCCACGAGGAGCUGGCUCUGCAGUGGGUGGUCAGCAGUGGCAGCGUGCGCGAAGGGGCCCUCCAACAGGCCUGGUUCUUCUUCGAACUCAUGGUGAAGAGCAUCAUCCACCACCUGUACUUCACCGAGCGCCUGGAGUCUCCCAGGAAGAACCGCUUCCCCGAGCGCUUCAUGGACGACAUCACUGCGCUCGUCAGCACCAUCGCCGGGGACAUCGUCUCACGCUUCCAGAAGGACCUGGAGCUGGUAGAGAGGCUGAACAACAGCCUGGCCUUCUUCUUGAAUGACCUUCUGUCCGUCAUGGACCGAGGAUUCGUCUUCACGCUCAUCAAGGCCUACUGGAAGCAGGUUUCUGCCAAGCUGUACGCGCUGCAGAACCCCACGCUGGAGUCCCUGAGGCUGGACUUCCUCAGGGUGGUCUGCAGCCACGAACACUACGUCACCCUCAACCUCCCCUGCAGCCUCCUCACCCCCCCGGCCUCGCCCUCACCCUCCGUGUCCUCCGCCACCUCGCAGAGUUCAGGCUUCUCCACGCAUGUCCAGGACCAGAAGAUAGCCAACAUGUUUGAGCUGUCUGUGCCCUUCAGAGAGCAGCACUAUCUGGCUGGGCUGGUCCUAACCGAACUGGCCGUCAUUCUGGACCCAGAGGCCGAAGGGAUGUUUGGCUUGCAUAAGAAGGUGGUCAGCGUGGUUCACAACCUCCUGUCCAGCCACGACUCUGACCCCCGCUACGCCGACCCCGAGGUCAAAGCCCGCGUCGCCACUCUCUACCUGCCGCUCAUCGGCAUCGUCAUGGAGACGCUGCCCCAGCUGCACGACUUCACAGAGUCACACAGCCAGUGGGGGCGCUCUGGGGGGGCCCAGGGGGGCGCGGGGGGCCCCGGGGGGGAGGAGGCGGAGGGGGAGGGCAACAGCAUGAUCAGUCAGACGGUUGCCAUGGCGAUAGCGGGGACCUCCGUCCCCCAGAUGUCCAGGCCCAGCAGCUUCAUGCUCAACCCACAGGCCCCGCGUCCCCACGGCUCCUUCUCUGCAGAGUCGAGCCGCAGCCUGCUGAUCUGCCUGCUGUGGGUCCUGAAGAACGCAGACGAGCUGGUGCUGCAGAAGUGGUUCACUGACCUGUCAGUGUCCCAGCUCAACCGUCUGCUGGACAUGCUCUAUCUGUGUGUGUCCUGCUUCGAGUACAAGGCCCAUGUUGUGUUCACCAUGCAGGGGAAGAAGGCCUUCGAGCGCAUGAACAGUCUGACCUUCAAGAAGUCCAAAGACAUGAAGGCCAAGCUGGAGGAGGCCAUUCUGGGUAGCAUCGGGGCGCGCCAGGAGAUGGUGCGACGCAGCCGGGGACAGCUGGAGAGGAGUCCGUCAGGCAGUGCUUUCGGCAGUCAGGAGAACCUGCGCUGGAGGAAGGACAUGACCCACUGGCGCCAGAACAGCGAAAGGAUGGACAAGACCCACAGAUCAGUCAGGACGAGGGCAGAGCUGGAACAUGAGGCACUCAUCGACGGUAACUUGGCAACCGAGGCCAACCUGAUCAUCCUUGAUACUUUGGAGAUAAUUGUACAGACGGUGUCGGUGACUGAGUCGAAGGAGAGCGUGCUGGGAGGAGUGCUGAAGGUGCUGCUCCACAGCAUGGCCUGUAACCAGAGCGCCCUCUAUCUGCAGCACUGCUUCGCUACACAGAGAGCCCUGGUGUCUAAGUUCCCCGAGCUGUUGUUUGAGGAGGAGACGGAGCAGUGUGCUGACCUGUGUCUGCGCCUGUUGAGAAACUGCAGCAGCAGCAUCGGCUCCAUCCGCUCGCACGCUGCCGCCUCGCUCUACCUGCUCAUGAGGCAGAACUUCGAGAUCGGCAAUAACUUUGCCCGGGUGAAGAUGCAGGUGACCAUGUCUCUGUCCUCACUGGUGGGGACGUCUCAGAACUUCAACGAAGAAUUUCUCCGUCGUUCCUUGAAGACCAUCCUGACCUACGCGGAGGAAGACCUGGAGCUCAGAGAAACUACCUUCCCAGACCAGGUACAAGACCUGGUCUUCAACCUCCACAUGAUCCUGUCAGACACGGUGAAGAUGAAGGAACACCAGGAAGAUCCUGAGAUGCUGAUAGACCUGAUGUACAGGAUCGCCAAGGGUUACCAGACGUCCCCGGACCUGCGUCUGACCUGGCUGCAGAACAUGGCGGGGAAGCACACGGAGAGGACCAAUCACGCGGAGGCAGCCCAGUGCCUGGUGCACAGCGCCGCCCUGGUGGCUGAGUACCUCAGCAUGCUGGAGGAUCGCAAGUACCUGCCUGUGGGCUGUGUUACCUUCCAGGACAUCUCCUCCAACGUCCUGGAGGAGUCGGCGGUGUCAGACGACGUGGUUUCCCCCGACGAAGAGGGCAUCUGCUCGGGCAAGUACUUCACGGAGGCUGGCCUGGUGGGUCUCCUGGAGCAGGGAGCGGCCUCUUUCUCCAUGGCUGGCAUGUACGAGGCGGUGAACGAGGUGUACAAGGUCCUCAUCCCUAUCCACGAGGCCAACCGCGACGCCAAGAAGCUGGCCACCAUACAUGGUAAACUGCAGGAAGCCUUUGGCAAAAUCGUGCACCAGAGCACCGGCUGGGAGAGAAUGUUUGGUACUUACUUCCGAGUUGGCUUCUACGGCUCCAAGUUUGGAGAUUUGGACGAGCAGGAGUUUGUAUACAAAGAGCCAGCCAUCACCAAGCUGGCUGAGAUCUCUCACAGACUGGAGGGUUUCUACGGCGAGCGCUUUGGGGAGGACCAGGUGGAGGUCAUCAAGGACUCUAACCCAGUGGACAAGAUCAAACUGGACCCCAACAAGGCCUUUGUCCAGAUCACCUACGUGGAGCCGUACUUCGACACGUUUGAGAUGAAGGACCGGAUCACCUACUUCGACAAGAACUACAACCUGCGGCGCUUUGUGUACUGCACGCCCUUCACCCUGGACGGCCGCGCACACGGGGACCUGCACGAGCAGUUCAAACGCAAGACCAUCCUCACCACCUCCCACGCCUUCCCCUACAUCAAGACCCGCAUCAACAUCAUCCACAAGGAGGAGGUCAUCUCCAUGCCCAUCGAGGUGGCCAUCGAGGACAUGCAGAAGAAGACCCAGGAGCUGGCCUUUGCCACCCACCAGGACCCUGCCGACGCCAAGAUGCUCCAGAUGGUUCUGCAGGGCUCCGUGGGCACCACCGUCAACCAGGGUCCUCUGGAGGUGGCCCAGGUGUUCCUGUCGGAGAUCCCCAGCGACCCCAAGCUCUACCGACACCACAACAAGCUCCGGCUGUGCUUCAAGGACUUCACCAAGCGGUGUGAAGACGCCCUCCGUAAGAACAAGAGCCUGAUUGGUCCAGACCAGAAGGAGUACCAGCGGGAGCUGGAGAGGAACUCUCACCGCCUGAAGGAGUCGCUGCAGCCGCUCAUCAACAGGAAAAUCCCCCAGCUGUAUAAGCCUGUGCUGCAGGUCAACUCCCACAGGGACUCCUUCAGCAGGAUGAGCCUUCGCAAGCUCGACGUUUGACGAGACAGAAGAGCAAGCGGAUCACAACCCUUAAUUUAUUCAUGUGUGUGUGUGUAAAUAUGACUGCGUCCUCUGAAAGCCAGUGUUCCCGGUAGCAAGAGAAGCCACAUGCACCUCGGUACGUCAUUCCAGUGUCUUACUCGUUUACAGACAGCCUGUUACGCAAUCAGUGGGGUUAGCAAGUGGUUCUCACUACGUACGAUGUGUCAAAUCUGUAUUUUACUUCAUGCGUGCACUUUUAAUUUUUUACUGUGUAUCAAUGCAUUUUACAACUUGAAAGUUUUACUAUUUAAUCCAUGUGGGCGGAAAAAAAGUAAAAAAAAAAAGGUACUAUUUAUCAUGUUUAUCAUUUUUAGUUAAGCUACAUUUGUUUAAAAAGGUAGGGAAAUGUUUUCAACUUCCAUAGUUUUAUGUAGUUUGUUUACUUUAAAUAUUUUACUAAAUAAAUAUUUAAACGUCUACA